AUGGCCAUGUUUCUGAGAAGGAGGCCACCGCAACUCUCGACGCUAGAGGAACUUCAGCAAACAUACGCAGACGUUUGCAAUACUACCAUUAAAAACUUGGAGUUGGAAGAACAUGCCAAAUUAGAAGAUGCAUUGAAAGGAUGGAAGUCGCUUCACACACUGUUGCUUUACAAAAUCGAUCUUUUCGAAAAGCGCCCCGGCAAAAUUCAAGCGGAUGAAGCUGCGAUAAUGAAUGAGCUAAAGGGAAUCAGGGACGAGAAUGUCAAGCAUUUAGUACGAAUUCAACUACUAUUGGAUGAAAAACACCGCCGGGCUAAACCCUCUGUUGCUUCAUCCGUGCAAACUGGACACUAUAGUGGCUCUUCGCAUAAUUUAAGUGUUCCUUCCUUGCGCUCUAAUAACCCCACUAGUCGCUCAUUCAACAGUUCAAGUGGUCAGAGACAGAUGAUAAAGUCUUUAAGAUCUACACCUGCUCAGAAAGUCCCUCAACACCAAAGGGACGCUGUAGUGAAAGCUGCGGCCAACAUUUCUUGGCUGAGACCAUCCAAAAGUGCUCCAAAGCCUCAAGAAGAUGCAUUCAUUGACUUUGAUCAAACAGAAAUGAGCCCAAAUGCAUGGGAGCGUCUCAAUUCGCGUACAUCCACCCCACCAUCCGACGAGUACGAGGGUUCUCCUAAUUUGAUAGACUUAGAGGUGGAACCUUCUUCUUACUUUAGCAAAUCUUUGGAGGACCUUUCCAUCCAGAAAAAGAAGCCUCCUCCUCCUCCUCCCAAGAGAUUAUCUAAUAACAUGAAUUCUCUUCCCGCAUUAUCUGUUUCCCCACCAGACCACGCUUCAUUCCAUUUAAAGCCAUCCAUUAAGGCUGCUUCGAAAUCGACUUCUGAUAUCCGUACCACUAGUGCUCCAACAGAGCCUAAAAAGUACAUUUAUACCCAGCCUAAACCGAUUAAUGUCAAGAAGAUCAUGCAAGCUCAGAGUAACAGACCUAAGGCCGUUCUGGCAAAAUCCUCAUCAACGAAGACACCGCAAAAGACCGGCGCGUCUACUCAUAGUGGAUCAAAACCGCCUCACGCAAAGCCAGGUACCAAAUUUGCAAAUCCUAAACCUGCAACAACAACCGUAAAGAAAUCUAAUAUCACAUACAAUUACAAGCCAAUGGAAAAAUCAAAGACUACGAAACCAAAAGCCGCAACACAAGCCAAACCAACUCAGAAGAUUCAAGAUGAGAGCCUGGUUCCAGCUUCGCCUACAAUGGACGAUAUACUUGACGGAUAUGAUGAACAAAAUAUUCUCGAGCCUGUUGUACCUGAUGAUGGGUCUAUGAGUCCCGAAGAACAACAAAAGUUGAUCGAAUCCAUUCGUGGAAUCGACGAGUUGGCGGCAACCCAGAUCCUCAAUGAUAUUGUUGUGACUGGUGACCAGGUUUAUUGGGAUGACAUUGUUGGAUUAGAAGCAGCCAAGAACUCUUUGAAAGAGGCGGUUGUUUAUCCCUUCUUGCGGCCUGAUUUGUUCCGUGGUCUUAGGGAACCCACGAGAGGAAUGUUACUUUUUGGUCCUCCUGGAACAGGAAAGACUAUGCUUGCUAGAGCCGUUGCUACCGAGUCCAAAUCCACCUUCUUCUCAAUCAGCUCAUCAUCAUUGACAUCAAAAUAUUUAGGAGAGAGUGAAAAGUUGGUGAAGGCCUUGUUUUUGUUGGCAAGGAAACUCAGUCCGUCUAUUGUAUUCAUUGACGAAAUUGACUCCCUCUUAGGUACCAGAACCGAAGGCGAAGUGGAGAGCAUGCGUCGUAUCAAGAAUGAGUUUUUGGUUCAAUGGUCCGAGUUAUCCUCAGCUGCUGCAGGACGUGACUCCACUACAGAAGAUGUAAGUAGAGUUUUGAUUUUGGGUGCUACUAACUUACCGUGGGGUAUUGAUGAUGCUGCUAGGAGGCGUUUUGCGAAAAGAGUUUACAUUCCUCUUCCAGAAGAUGAAACUAGACGAUUACAAAUUAGCAAGUUACUUGCGUAUCAGAAGAACACUCUUCUGGAUGAAGAUUAUGAUCAGCUUGUUGAGCUCACAAAAGGUUUCAGUGGAAGUGACAUAACCCUUCUAGCCAAGGAUAGUGCUAUGGGACCAUUGCGUUCUUUAGGUGACAAGCUUUUAAGCACGCCUACAGACCAAAUUCGUGCGAUUCAACUUGAAGAUUUCAAGGAGAGUUUGAAGUACAUCAGACCGAGUGUAUCUGCUGAAGGUCUAGGUGAAUAUGAAGACUGGGCUGGUAAGUUUGGUUCCUCUGGAGUCUAA